UCCUAUUGGUCCGGCCUCCCGUCCAUCAGGGCAGAGGAUCCCAGUGAGAGAAGCAGCGGUGUUUCUGCAGCAGCAGCUCAGAGAUGUGAAGGGGGGAUAUAUCUGCCGUGUUCACUAAACCGAGGAGGCAUCUGGACAGGCCAAGUGAUGAAUGGCCAGAAAUCCUCCUCUGCAGUCCAAGCCCAGUCACUCUGUCUGGGGCCUGACAACCUACUUUGGAGGGCUUGAGAGAUUAACAUGGCUCCCGUCAUGGAAGGCACACACACCGUCUUGAUCCUGUAUGCGCCCAUCCGUGAGUUCAGCAACAUCAGCCUGUAUUACCCCAAGAGGCGGGCCCCGAGCUUUAAGUACAAGAGCCGUGCCCCUCAUUCAGAAAGCGCCGGCAAUGAUCAUGACUGGGGAAAGGAGGAUCUUGCAGCGUCCAAACAAAGAGGCCACUCUUCCUAUACCUCGGGAGAACUCCUCAACUCCCAGCAGGCAACAAAGGAGGUUGUUGCAGAGCUCUGCUGGCUGGCGGCAGAGCACCACCAGUUGCUGGCCGAUCUCCUAUCGCUGUGUCGGGACUGCACCAACAAGGUCAGGAUGGGUAACCAGGAUGGGAAAUUCCAGGAUUACAUGCAGGGUCAGGAAGUUCACGUUGGAGGUCGGGUUCUCAGCAGCAGCGGCAGCUAUUCUGUCGCUGUGUCUCCGGAGCACAAGAGAGCCACGUCCAAGAGUAAGAAGCUGAAAAAGUUUGGAAGCAAAAAGCUUGACAGUGCGGAGGAUUUACUGCACAGUAAGAUGAAGAAGAAAGUUGUAAGUGGGACUUCAGGCGCUCAGAAUGGUGUGGCCGUAUCCGCAGUCUCAAUAGUGGAGCAGAUCCGAGGUAUUCCAGCCACCCUCCAUGUGUCUGACAGCCCAGCCACCGGCUCCUAUGUCAGUGCAGUCAGUAAUCCCAUCCUGCCAAUGGAGGAACCCUUCCAGAUCGGCCGUGAGGGCUGGGACUUCAUUGAGGACAACCGGACAUUUGACCCCGACAUGUAUUUCUGCAGCGACUUCUCAGAAUACGACAGCGAGCUGGGUUUCGAGUCAUCUUCUUGCAGCCUGAUGGAGGGACUGACCCGACGGGAAAGUGGGAGCAAUCUUCGACCAAUUAAGAGGUUUGACUCUCCGGUAGAGACGUUAUCUGAGAAUGCAUCAGUAGUCAGGUCUGCUCAGCAGCCCUGUGGCAACAUCAAUCAGAGGAAUAUGGGGGUCAGGGUGGUGGCUAAAGUGCUUGAUGAGGAGGGGAGGGUCCACCAUGUUAGCCAUAAGAGCCCAGAGAAGGAAGGGCCCGCCGAGUGGAGAGGGACAAACGGAGACCACCUGGCUGGGGUUGGUAAACAGCUGACAGGUAACAAGCAGUCUGAGGGGCUAUGGUUGCCCCUGUCCAAUACAACCAACCCUUCACCUUCAUCCAAAUCCCACAUCAAGAGCCCAUCUUCUGCGUCUCUGGCCGGGGUCUUCAACACCUCUUUCCCCGCAUCAAACAGCCUCCAGAGAAUGUCCCCAGUCCUGUCCCCUCUGCCCUGUAAGCAGGCGAGCCCACAGCUCAACCACCGCAUCGUGCUGCUGUCGGACAAGGACGUGGACCCGGCCCGGGACAGCUCCGGCAACACGGACGAGCCCAAAAUCUUCACAGAGGUCAUCGACAAGAACGGCAACAAGCGCACCAUCACCCGCCUGGACCUGAACAUCAGCAGGAGGCCCAGCACCUCCAAGUGGAAUUCCUCCAGCAACUCCACAACAACAGAGGAUUCUCUCUUGCGUCAGGAUGAUAUUUGGAUGCUGGAUGGUGAUGAACCUCAGGAGCCCCUUUCCUGUGUUCCGCGCCCUGAUCACCUGGACUUCCUACGCAUCACGCCGCCGGAGGAUGACAUCAUUGGGGACACGCCCUAUUAUCCCAAACUGGAGUGCGCGACAGAGAUCACGUCCCCUACAGACAGUGAGGACCGGACUCCAGGGCGGCUGCAAGCUGUGUGGCCCCCACCCAAAGCUAAAGAUGAGGAGGAGAAGGUGGGGCUCAAGUACACAGAGGCAGAGCACCAGGCCGCCCUCUUGCAGCUGAAGAGAGAGUGCAAGGAAGAGCUUGAGAGGAUGCAUCAAACUGGUAGGGACAGUAGAGAUGGCCUCUCAGGACCACCACCGCCUCCACCUCCUCCGCCCCUCCCACCAGGCCUCUCAGGACCAUCACCACCUCCUCCACCACCUUUACCAGGCAUGGCGGGAGCUCCACCACCACCCCCUCCGCCACCUCCUCUCCCAGGAGGUGGCCCACCCCCCCCACCUCCUCCGCCUCCCCCCCCUGGCUUACCUGGAUCUGGCCCACCUCCCCCUCCACCUCCUCCAGGCUCUGGCCCUCCACCUCCUCCUCCCAUGGGCGGUUUUGCCCCAAAAGUGGACAAGGCCCCGCGGAAGCCUGCCAUCGAGCCGGCCUGUCCCAUGAAGCCUCUGUACUGGAACAGGAUACAGAUACAGGAUAAUAACAACAACACACUGUGGGGCUCUCUGGAGGAACCAAACAUCGUCAACGCCAAUGAGUUUGAGGAUCUUUUCUCAAAGGCCACACUACAGGUGAAGAAGAAACCGCUGUCAGACAGCUACGAAAAGAAGACCAAAGCUAAGAAGAUUAUCAAGCUGUUGGACGGGAAGCGUUCACAAGCAGUUGGCAUCCUCCUAUCCAGCCUGCAUCUGGAGAUGAAGGACAUUCAGCAAGCUGUUCUCACUGUGGACCACUCGGUGGUGGAUUUGGAGACCAUUGAAGCAUUAUAUGAAAAUAGGGCCACCAGUGAUGAGAUGGAGAAGAUAAUGAGACAUUAUGAAAAGUCAAAAGAAGAUGAAGUCAAACUGUUGGACAAACCUGAACAGUUUCUCUACGAGCUCUCCCAGAUUCCUGACUUUGCUGGCCGGGCCCACUGCAUAAUCUUCCAGUCAGUGUUCCUCGAUACCAUCGCCUCCAUCCAUCGCAAGGUGGAGAUCCUCUCCAAUGUCAGCAAAGAGCUGCUAGAGUGCAACAGUCUGCGGGAUAUCAUAGGUCUUGUUCUGGCCUUUGGGAACUAUAUGAAUGGAGGGAACAGGACGAGAGGUCAGGCUGAUGGCUUUGGACUAGAGAUCCUCCCCAAACUAAAGGACGUCAAGAGCAGAGACAACCGUAUGAAUCUGGUGGAUUAUGUGGUUUUAUACUACCUACGCAACUUUGACAAGGACGCCGGCACAGACAAGAGUGUGUUCCCUCUGUUGGAGCCUCAGGAUUUCUUCCAGGCUGCUCAGGUUAAAUUAGAAGACAUUACCAAGGACCUCAGGAAGCUGAAGAGAGAUCUAACCGCCUGUGAGAAAGAUGUGCAGAAGGUGUGUGAUAACUCAUCAGAGGAAAACCUGCAGCCCUUUAAGCAGAAGAUGGAGGGAUUUAUCUCUGCAGCUCAAAAGGAUCAUUCAGCCGAAGAGGACCAGCUCAAUGCUGCACAGAAAAGUUUCGGGGAAAUGGUGAGCUACUUAGGUAUUAGGCCAAAACCCGGGGAGAAAGAUGUGAGCCCGGGUUACGUCUUUAUGCUCUGGUACGAGUUUUGCAACGACUUCAAGAACGCCUGGAUACGACAAAGCAAGAACAUCUCCAAAGAGAGGUUGAAGGAAGCUCAAGAAAACAUCAAGAAGAUCACAGCAGAGAAGAGAGUGGAAACCAAGAAGAUUAAUGCCAACAGUCUGAAAGAUAGGCUGCGGCAGAAGGAAGCCAGCGUGCCCUCCAGCUGAAUCGACGAGUGAUGAAAAAGAAGGAGAAACGAAAUGGUGGCUGGUGGAGAUGGACAAAAAGCGUGCAGGCCUCAUCCCUCCUCGUUCAGCCACCUGCCUCAACAACACUGGACUGCCCUCUGUGCCCCGAACUCACAAUAAAACCUCACUGGACUCCCACUUCUACUCCCACGGCCAUAUCUCCGCACUAUUAACACCCUCAGCCGUCCCCACCCACCCACAUGCCGAAAGAAAAACUCCUGCACCGAGGAUGCACGGCUGACACAGCCGAAGUGAUGAGAGUCUUAAAGGCUAAAGGUUGACCUCAUUCAUCCAGCGUGGCGUGCCCUCUGAGAGCCCGGCUUGUGAAAGGUCUCAGCGGGUCAGCGGGAUUCACAACAGUGCCAGCUGACACAAGAUUCCUUCUGCGUCUGCAAGAGCUGAGGAUCCGUUCUUCUCAGAGCCGUCGACCGUUACCUGAGAGAGGACAUGUGUUGAAAACGCUCCAACUUACUCAAAGUGUAGCUGCUGAUUUCUGCUCGGAGGGAAAAUCCCUGUUGACACAACAGAUCUCUUUCUCCCCGAGCAGCGAGAAAGCCGCGGCUCCUCUGCUCUGGCGAAUAGCUGCUCAUUCACCAUGGCUCAUUAAAACCAUUGUAAAUAUGUCAUGUUAUAGAAUCGGCAGGGACGGUGCAGCUUUGAGGAGGAUGAUAAAUGAUGUGCGCUGGGCCUCGUGAGCAGACGAAGAUACGGUGUGUAUGAACGUGUGUGUGUGUGUGUGUACAAUCAGUUUUACUAUGUUGUGUGUUUUCACGGCACCAGACACCCCCCCUCUUGUGUGACAACAGUUGAAGAGCGGAACAAGCGAGCGAUGAGUCGAACCCUUCAAACACACACAAACACACACAAACACACACAAACACACACAAACACACUCAAACACACUUGGCCGUGCACCCAGUCACCCAAUAACUCAAUUGUAUUUAAAGCUAAACUUUUUAGAUCCCUCAUGGAGAGCUGUACGUCACAUUGUGCCCAGCACAGGUUUAUGCACUUUGCCCGCUUGCAAGUAACUCUAAGAUGUAGCUCACACUCCACAUGUUAUGCUAACUGCAUGCAUUUUUGUUUUCAGAUGCCCUGCACUUUUUUUGCACCUCUUUCCCUAUGCAAGCGUUGGGUUCCCUCGUUGAAAGCUUCAUCAAUCUCAUUGCUCGAUGAUGAAAUCCCUCUUUAUGUUUUCAUUUUUAAGAAAGUGAAUCAAGCAAAAUUUUUGCUUCUGUCAUUUAAGAAAAGUAUAUUUAUGUAAGGAGAGAUUUAUUUUAUGCCAAAAACAGCGACCUUUGUGAGGUUGUGUUUUUAUGAGUUCGUUGAAUCGAUUGAGAGGCUCCUGGAUAACGUGGGUCUGUAUUUCGGCUCACGGUGUGUCUGGAUGAUGUGUGGAUAUUAAGUGAGUUACACAGAAUGAAAACAGUUCCAGUUUAAUUUUUGGGAAAGAUGAGGGUUUUGGUAUUUAGAACAUUUAAGCAUAUCACCUGAAGCCAUGCUAGUUGUUAUACCUCAGACAGAUUCCUUUAUCCAGAUAUCAAUAAAACUGCACCUUGAAUAACAUUUAUUUUUAUCCUCCAAAGUCUUUCAUGUGUGCCAUUUAUUUUGUAUGAAGAUGGAGAUGUUUCAUAACUGCUGUUUUACUUUAGAGGAGUUUGAAAAAAA